AUGAAGAACUUCUACGACCAAGCGGUCAACAACUAUUUGCCGGCUGUGUUGCGGCAUCCGAGCCGGCUAUUGCACGUGCAAGCGUAUCUGAUGAUGUCGGUUCAUGCUUUAUUCUCCCCUUCGACGGAGCAGAUCUCCCUGAUGAUCUCUUCCGCAGUCCGGUAUUGCGUGGUGGCGCGAUUCCAUCUGGUCGAGUCGGAACCAGAAGCCGUGGAUACAGCCGCCAGGAUCGAGAUCCAGAUGCGGCGAAGAGCAUUUUGGGUCGCAUACGGCCUGGAUCGACUGGCGUGUGGUGUCUUGCGUCUGCCCUUUUCAAUAUCAGAUGACAACAUCACCGUUCCGCUCUUUGACAACAUAGACGACUCUUCACUCUUGGAUGGCUCGUUCGUGGCGAACGGGAGCGGUGUGAUUACGUCCGUUUCCUCGGCGCUGCAUAGAGAACGUUGUUUCCAGAUUCAGUCGGAGAUCCUCAAUGUCACCAUGAGGGCCGACUUCACCAUGAACUUCGAUUCGUUGUCGGACUGGAGAUCCUAUAUUCUCUCCAAGCUGGAGCACUGGAAGUCGCAGUUGCAGCAGGCGGCAGAUUCGAACACCAAGAGACCUACUGAUGGGCGUUGGAUCCUGAUCGUUUACAACCAUUGUCUGUUGUAUCUCCAUACGCCGACCAAAGCUAAUGUUCGUGGUCCGGCUGGCGACUGGUCUGUCCGUGCCAGCACUCAGACGAUUUCGAUCUUUCGGAAAUUCCAAGGCUACCGAACGAUUCCUCAUCCUAUACUGGGUCUUAUCAGCCAGUUCUCUAUGGGCAUCACGAUCCUAUAUUGUCUCUGGGCCACUCCCCCGAAGUUCCGGACCGAGUCGUACGAUUCCAAGCACAUCUUCGAGGCCAUCAGGGCUUGCUCCAACAACCUGGCCAUCAUAACGGAAAAGUGGGAGAGCACCAAAGACCUCUCCGACAUCUUCGAACUGUUGGCAACGGAGAUUCCACUGGCCGAAAGUGCCUCUUCCUCGGGGGAGCGAGCAGUCAAACGCGUAGGGGAGGCAGCAGCCGAAGAAAUCCGCUCGAAGCUGCCUCGGAUCAAGUCCCUGGUGCUGAACCGAGAGACUAUCCGCAUGAUGGAAGAGAUGAUCAGUGAAGACUUUCCAAGAGACGAAGAUGCAGCCAUGGAUACAUAUCCCACCAGCAUGGGAGACCGGCAGGAGCUUUCCACCCCGGCUAUGCCCAUGUCGACUCAAACUUUCUUCACCAACGGGUUGCCUCUGUAUCAGUUCCCCAGCCCCUAUCUCGCGGGGGACAACUCCACCGCCCAGUUUGGGGCCCUUUCUCCCGGGCAAACUUUAGAAUUCCCCGGCAUCCUUUCUGGGUACGACAUGUUUUGA